AGCAUCUCAGUUGCUUUCUGUCACACCCAUGAAUUCAAAUAAAGACCACUGCACAGCCUACCUCCCCCCGCAAUUCAAAUUGAACGUACACCACCAAAGGAUCGAAAAUAUGGAAGUCAUGCAAGUACUUCACAUGAACAAAGGCGCCGGUGAGACCAGUUACGCCCGAAACUCCUCCAUUCAGAGUAAAAUUAUAUCCAUUACUAAGCCGGCAACGGAGGAAGCAAUAGUGGGGUUACUGGUUUCGGAUUCGGCGGCGAGCAUGGGCGUGGCGGACUUGGGAUGCUCGUCUGGGCCGAAUGCCUUGUCGGUGAUAUCGCACAUAGCGAGCGCGGUGUGGGCCAAAUGCCGGCGAAUGGGGCGGCCGUCUCCGGAGCUGAGGAUGUACUUGAACGACCUCCCCUGCAGCGACUUCAACAGCGCGUUUGGGUCGUUGCCGGCGCUCUACGACAGUUUGAAGGCGGAGGAGGAGGCGGCCAGUGGCGGUGCUGCGUCGUUUGGGCCUAACUGUUUCGUGAUGGGCGUGCCGGGCUCCUUCUACGGCAGGCUCUUAUCUAGCAACAGCCUUCACUUCGUUCACUCUUCUUCCAGCCUCCAUUGGCUUUCUCAGGUUCCGGGUGGAUUGGAGAGGAAGGGGGAGGGAAGAGCCAUAAACAGGGGAAAGGUAUACAUAUCGGAAAGGAGCCCGGGAGAGGUGGCGGAGGCAUACUCGGUGCAAUUCCAGAAGGAUUUCAGAGCGUUUUUGAGGUCACGCGAUGCAGAAAUGGUGACAGGAGGGCGCAUGGUGUUGUCGUUCAUGGGGAGGAGGUCGGCGGACCCUCCCACCGACGACAGCUGUUGCUGCCAGUGGGAGCUCUUGGCUCAGGCAUUAAUGAGCUUGGUCUCAGAGGGUCGUGUUGAAGAAGAGAAGGUUGAUACGUUCAUUGCCCCCUUCUAUGCGCCAAGCCUUGAAGAGGUGAGAGCUGAGAUUGAAGAGGAAGGGUCAUUUGUAAUAGACAGGUUGGAAGCCAUUGAGAUUGAUUGGAACAUUGGAGGUGACGACAGUAGCACUAUUAGCAAUUUUUCUGCCGAAAAUGAUCAUACAAGAAGGCUUCAAAAGUUGGCCACGGGUUGUAGAAUGGCCAAGAUGAUAAGAGUCGUGGUUGAGUCCAUGAUUGAGUAUCAUUUUGGUUUUGGAGGAGAUGUAAUGGACGAUUUGUUUCAAAGAUACGAUGACAAUUGGGGUGAUUACUUGUUGAUGAAGACUAGAGCCAAGUUCAUCAAUUUGAUCCUUUCUGUGAUUAAAAAGGAUUAA